GCAGCCGCAAAUCGGACGACUUCAAGAUGCCGUCGCACAAGUCGUUCAUGAUCAAGAAGAAGCUUGCGAAGAAGAUGAGACAGAACAGGCCUAUUCCUCACUGGAUUCGUCUCCGUACCGACAACACCAUCAGGUACAAUGCCAAGCGCAGGCACUGGCGUAGAACCAAGCUUGGAUUCUAAGUGAUAAUGCCACUAUCUGAAAGAGUGUUCUUUUCUUAUGGGUUUAGCAUUUACUCAAGCUUUUUUAUUUUCUGUUAUGACUUUAAUGUAAGACCUUACUCUCUUGUCAUUGAUGUUAUCAAGUUUUUCUAUGUUUUAAGAGUUACUUCAUAGCAUUUGUGUGAUGUUACUUCUUGUUUUGCUUGUAUGUCACCUUCUACCAGUUAAGAAACCG